GUCUUGAUGGUUGUGUUGUGUGUACAGUUUGAACCUAAUUGGAUUUUGUUAUAUUACAUUUUAUUUGUGCUUAAUAUGUUAAUUUUUAAAUGUGCGCUUAUAGUUUUAACUUCGACUUAUAUUUUAUCCCUUUGUUCUCAAGUCGUUAACGAAACAAACUUUUUCGACACUGGCCUUGCAUUUAUGUAUAUUGCCAGUGGAGCAUUCGCUGGCAAAAUCAUACAUGACAGAUACCAGCAAAUUCAUAUACUAGGAUCAUUAACCCCCAAUCCGAAUGUGACUUCCUUUGCCAAUAGGAUUGCUUGUUUCUCAGCUUCAUUCCUGUCUCUGGGCUUCCUGGUCUACUUCUUUUUAUUUCUAUUCAAGGUAGAUGAACAAUGUCUAACAGCAUUGAAUAUAUUUAUAUGUGGGUUUGGAACUUUGUACAUGUGGGUACAGUGUAUCAUAACGACAUAUAUUUGUACAUUAUUUUAUGAUAGAAGGUUGACAGUAGUGCGGCAAUGCCUUGCGAACGUGAGCUUCCCUGUUCUAGUUUUAAUGGCAAUUUUUGGUACGGUCUCUUCAUUUUUGCCUGAAGAUGGUUCCAAAGGAGUCUACGUGUGUCACGUCGUUAGUUCUCUGUGUAGUUAUAUUUUGGCGGGAAUAUUCUGCAUAUUUUUACUGUCAUUCGAAAGAGACUAUGAAUAUUUUUCAGAGGGGUUAAGAUCCGAUCUGUUACUCGAUGACGCCUGUUCGUUGAACAAUGCGUCACUCUCCGACACCGACAGCAUAUUUGGGACGCAAGAGCUCAUAUCGAACUCGAUAGUUAUAAAAGGGAGCAUUACAUGCGGUAAGGUCUCCUGACCC